AUGUGGCCCUUCUCCUCCUCCCCCCAAUCCGCCCCAGUGCCCGCCGAAGGACCCGUCUCGCUCCACCCCUCCCUCGGCAGACCACUCUCCAACUCUGAAGCCGCGGACCCAAAGUUGAACCCGAGGAACCCAGAAGGUCUCAAGCCCUGCUGCGCCUGCCCGGAGACCAAAAAAGCCCGCGACGACUGCUUCCUCCUGCACGGAUCCAACGCCGACUCGUCGUCCGACUCGCAAGACAAGUGUCGCGAGAUCGUCGCGCAACAUCGGGCUUGUAUGAGGAAGCUCGGGCUCAACGUCUAG